AAUUAUCGAAAGAAGAACUCGAUUGAAAACGAGAUCUACUUAUCGCUUGUUUUGUUUCGCCUUAUCUGACAUUUUUAAUUUUAUUAAAUUUUUACCCAGAGGCAAAUGAUUUAAUUGGCAAAAAAAAAACAAAGAGUAAUGCUGUAACGUAAAAUCUACAUGAUAAAUAAUUCCACAGAUCAUUAACGACGUGAAAGAAUAAAAUAAAAAAAGCCAGGAAGAAAAGAGCAGCAUUAAUAUCGAAGGAAAAUUUCUUUUACACUCUGUAUUCUAUAUGACUAGUCUCUCAUUUUAAAUGAACGUGAACAAGCGACCAAAAAUACCAAUUACGAGAUGCGAUCAGUACCAGGAACUGGAAAAGGAUCCAGAAAAAACCCUAUUAACAGAGCGGAGUUGCCAUGGCUAUGCAUUGGACACGCUUCCGCCGGAAGUUCUGGAAAUGAUUUUUCGGUUGCUGCCUCUUCAUGAUGUUGCUACGUCCGUGCGUUUGGUUUCUAGACAUUGCUCAAUGGUGGCAGCGGCAGUUUUAAACGGCGCCUUCCUGACGGCUUACACGAAGCUGGAGAGCAUAACAAAGCGCAACGAGAGCGUCAUGAAAUCUGCAAAAACAGACACCGAAUUAUUGGCCUGUAGCAAAGCUUUGAACGCUCUGGAAUUGAUCAAAGCACAGUACAAAAUGCUACGAGCCGUGACUUGGAGGUACACGCAUCCUCCGACAAAGCAGCAAAAGUUUCCAAGACUUUGUUUCUACGCCGGUAGUCUGCUCGACAAUCUGAACGAGCUUCUCAGUCGUAUAUCCAAGUAUCAUCCGUCCAUCGUCGGUCCUCGUGCACCAGAAUCGAGUAUCUCACCCUUUAUAGCCAUCUGCAAACGAUUCAUGAACUUUUUCGAAAAGAUCUCCGAGCGCAGGGUGAACAGCAGAUCGGCCCUGAUUUCCGGAUGCAAGAUCGUAGACGUCCUAGACUGUCUCGUAGAAGGUCGACAGGUACUCUUUUUCAAAGUCUCGACUAACAAACGAAACACCGGAAGAGUCGUCAGCAUGAAGUUAAGAUACACGAUGAAACGCGCCUGGUUCACUUGCCUGGACGUUUUCAGAAAAAUCGAAGAAAAUUCUUGGAGAGACGAACAACGCUUCAUGUACCUUCGAUUACGACGUCUAGUGGGCAGCGUGAACGAACAUCUCUUCGAAAAUUUGCAUUACGAACACCAACUGCUGUUACAGAUUCCUUUGACACUUCCAUUGAGACCACCACCAGCUUCCACUUACUCGGGAUACGGAGAGUAUGGUGGACGAUUCUUUUAUUACGGGAAUAUGAAUAAAUACGCGUACGAGACUAAGUUCGUGCACACGGUAAACACAGCAAACUUGACGGUUGAAACUGAACAACAGGUGCAGAGGCCGCCGUCUUUCGAUCUGGUGAUCGAGAUCGAGCUGAAAUGCACGCCGGACUUGGCACCACUUGCUGCUAGAUCGAUACUGAAAUCAGACGAGUUCAAAACUCACGAGAUGAGAACUUGCAGGAGUCAGCAACUACACUUACGAAUGAACGUCGUAUGCCCAGCGUCGUUAGCUAAUAGAUUACCUGGUAACUUUGUGUGGGAAUUACGCAGCCCACGACGUAUAUUUAUGGUGGAAGAUGUAUAGUAAAUUGAAACAUAAGUUGAGGUCAUUAACUAAACGUUCAGGAUGCACGCAGUUGCACGUUAUUAAUUCGACAAAGUACUCUAAAAUGUAACAAAAAUAUCCUGAGUUUCUUGACAGAUUGUUUGAAUGGUUAUUCAUAAAUUGAAUUCGCUAAAAUUACCUUGUAUUAUUAACUCCCUUCAAUUUUUUUUCAUUUUUUGUACCGUGAUAACUAUUGCAUUAAUAAACAUUGACCCACAGCUGCAAAGAAAAAGCUAAACCUGAUUUCAUAUCUUAUAUCCCUAAUGAGUUUAUGCUCUUAAUUCUCACUUUUUCAGAUCAUCCUAAAUUUUAUUCUGUUUUAACAUUCAUAAUUUGCGUACUUCC